GGGGGCGGGGCUUGCCCAGGGGGCGGAGUUGUCCGCGGCUUCCAUCGCUCUUUCCGUUUCCGGCGGUCGGAGGGAGCGGAGGCAAAAUGUCGGCCCAUCUGCAGUGGAUGGUGGUGCGGAACUGCUCCAGUUUCCUGCUGAAGAGGAACAACCAGACCUACAGCACCGAGCCAAAUAACCUCAAAGCCCGCAAUUCCUUCCGCUACAACGGGCUGAUCCACCGCAAGACCGUGGGCGUGGAGCCGGCGCCGGACGGCAAAGGCAUCGUGGUUGUCCUCAAAAAACGGGCAGGCCAGCGUAAACCGGCCACGUCGUACGUCCGCGUGCGGAUCCGCCGCGACGCCCGCGGCUCCCUGAGGAGUUUGAGGCACCUGAUCAGCAAAAACAGAUACAGGAGGGACCUGCGCAUGGCUGCCCUGCGCCGGGCCAGCGCCAUUUUGCGCAGCCAAAAACCCGUGGUGGUGAGGAAGAAGAGGGUGAGGGCGGCCAAAGCCCCGUGAGAACCAUCAGAAAUAAAAUCUCUUGGCAACUUCC